GAUUCCAAAUGGUCUCUUUGCUCAAGCUGGCCAAGGUGACGGAAGAGGGCGUACGAUUCUUAAGCCCUCACGAUGGAAGUCCCAUGCUUCUCACUCCCGAACACUCCAUUUCCCUUCAGAACUCGAUCGGAUCGGACAUAAUGAUGCAGUUGGACGAUGUCAUCGCGACCACAUCACCAGAUCUUGCUCGCAUGGAGGAGGCCAUGCACCGUUCGGUCCGCUGGCUUGAUCGCUGCAUGGCCGCGCACAAGUACCCCGAGAGACAAAAUCUGUUCUGUAUUAUCCAGGGAGGACUAGACCUUGAAUUGCGCCGUCAAUGCUGUGCCGAAAUGGUGAAGAGGGAUACUCCGGGCAUUGCGAUUGGUGGACUGUCUGGUGGCGAAGCCAAGUCAUCAUAUUGCCAAGUCGUGUCGACCUGUACAGAUCUCUUGCCGGAGAAGAAGCCUAGAUACGUUAUGGGAGUGGGCUACCCUGAGGAUCUGGUGGUCUCUGUGGCAUUGGGUGCCGACAUGUUCGACUGUGUUUGGCCGACACGGACAGCGCGGUUUGGAAAUGCGGUGACCUCCCGAGGAACUCUUAAUUUACGCCAUGCUUCGUAUGCCCAAGACUUUGGACCAAUCGAGCAAGGCUGCAAAUGCACCUGCUGUCGGUCAAAAGAAGAGGGAGGUCUCGAGAUCUCUCGUGCAUACAUUUACCAUACGGCGGCGAAAGAGACAGUCGGCGCGCAUCUCCUGACGAUGCACAAUGUGCAUUAUCUGCUUUCGUUGAUGCGAUCGGCGCGACAGGCCAUCAUUGAAGAUCGAUAUGCGGCCUUUUUGAAAAAUUUCUUCAGUCUUUUAUAUAGCGAUCCUACUAAGUAUCCUGAGUGGGCAGUAACUGCAUUGCGUGGCGUUGGGGUUGAUCUGUUGGAACGAUAAUACUCGAGAUGGGGGUUUUUAGUAUAUAGACGGCAUUCAUUCGAUCUGUUUUAAGGAGAAGGAGGGGGAGCUUUGUUUUCCGCCCUUGGCUGAACCAGCAAUAAAUACAUUGGUUAUUUUUUUUGGUUCAAAAAGUAUUUAUUAUUUUAUCAAUACAAAUUG